GCUCCCCCGCGGCUCCGACCUCACUUUCCCCGCCUCCAUCACAUUCUCCUUUCCCGCACCGCACCCCGCGUCGCCGUUCCCAACUCCCAAGCCGAAUUCCCCUCCACCGCAACUGCCAUGGGCGGCUCCCACAGCCGCGAGGACCUCGACCUCACCUCCUCCGACGAAGAGGAGGACUACGAGGAGGACUACGACGCCCGAUCCCCCAUCUCCGAGCCUGCUGCGAGCGCGGGCCAGCGCGACGACGACCUCCUCCGCGGCGCCACCCCUUCUUCGCUCGAGGCCCUCGACACCAAGCUGAGGUCGCUCGAUCUCAAGUACCAGCGCCCGACCGCCGCCAAGCUCUACCUCCACGUCGGCGGCGCCUCGCCCUCCGCGCGCUGGGUGCCCGCCGAGCGCCGCGCGACUUACGACUUCGUCGACAAGGCGGGUGCUAGCGACGACGCCUCCUCCCCGAGGUGGGUCCUGGAGGUUGGCCCGGGACAGCGGGUCUCCGCCCCCGUGGGGCCGGCGCUCCAGCUGAUGACGAACCCCGCGCAGCGCCGGGCGGAUUUCACCGCGGGCGGCUCCGUCUGGGCGUUGCGGCUACCUUCGGACGCAGAAUUCCGCCGGUUCAGGGAGGAGUACGAGCGUUGCCUCUUCGAGAACACGUACGGGGUCGAGGCCACUGACGAGGGCCGGAAGGAGGUGUUCGGCACCGACUUCGCCGCGUGGGCGCGCCCCGGUGAGGCCGAUGACGCCGUCUGGACCGACGCCGAGGACAGCCUCACCCCUCCCGCCACCGCCCCGGCAAGGGACCUGCUUGAGGAGUUCGAGGAGGAGACCGGCGACGGCUGCAGCAUCCAGAGCCUCGCUCUUGGCGCGCUCGACAACAGUUUCCUGGUUGGCGGCUCCGGGAUACAGGUUGUCAAGAACUUCCCGCACGGCGUGCAUGGGAAGGGCGUGUCCGUGAGGAUCUCGGGUGGCCGCAGCGACAGCGGGAGUGCAUACUCGACCCCAAAGAAGUCACUACUGAUGCGCGGGGAAACUAACAUGCUGCUGAUGAGCCCUGGAGAAGCUGGCACACUGCAUUCCAAUGGCGUCCACCAUGUUGAUAUUGAGACUGGGAAGGUUGUCGCUGAGUGGCGGUUUGAGAAGGAUGGGGCUGACAUCACAAUGCGAGACAUUGCCAACGACAGUAAGGGUGCACAGCUGGAGCCAUCUGGAUCAACAUUCUUGGGGCUGGAUGACAACCGGCUGUGCAGGUGGGAUAUGAGGGACGCCAGAGGGAGGGUGCAGACGAUCAGUAGCUCCUCAGUGUCGCCGGUGCUGCACUGGUCACAGGGCCACCAGUUCUCACGGGGCACCAACUUCCAGUGUUUUGCAAGUACUGGGGACGGUUCCAUUGUUGUCGGUUCUGUGGAUGGCAAAAUUAGACUAUAUUCUAAGAGUUCAAUGAGGAUGGCAAAGACGGCGUUCCCAGGGCUUGGAUCACCAAUUACGCACGUGGAUGUUACUUAUGAUGGGAAGUGGAUUUUGGGCACAACUGACACAUACUUGAUCUUGAUCUGCACCAUGUUUAAGGACAAGGAUGGAAAAGAAAAUACUGGGUUUAGUGGGCGUAUGGGAAAUAGGAUCGCUGCCCCGAGGUUGCUGAAACUCACUCCACUGGAUUCAAUUCUGGCGGGCACCGACAACAAAUUGCAUGGUGGACAGUUCUCAUGGGUGACAGAGAAUGGAAAGCAGGAAAAGCAUCUUGUUGCGACAGUCGGCAAAUUCAGUGUCGUAUGGAACUUUCAGCAAGUCAAGGACGGCAACCAUGACUGCUACCGUGAUCAGCAGGGCCUCAAGAGCUGCUACUGCUACAAGGUUGUCCUCAAGGCUGAAUCCAUUGUCGACAGCCGCUUCAUGCACGAGAACUUUGCAACCGAUGGCUCCCCCGAGGCUCCUCUCGUGGUCGCGACACCAAUGAAAAUCAGCUCGUUCAGUAUAGCAAACAGACGCUAACUUGGACAGUUUUCUUUUUCCCUUUGUGCAUCAUAGCGUUAGAAGUUACACGUUUUUUGUGCAGCUUGAUUACUUUUCUGUUUGGUUGGUUCAUCACGUGUUGUUUUGUCGUAGUGUGUUUUUAUUGGUACUCGUGGUUACCUUCAGACAGUUGUAAACAGAAACUGGUACUCGUGUGUAUAGUUUAUUUUUGGUGGCACUGUAAUACAGGAUGUACCAGGGUGUAUAAGCAAGAAAUGUCGAUUCGAGUGAUUCUGUAAUCCAGCAUCUUCUUUCUUUCAA